AUGAGGGCAUCAAAAUGUUGCCAGCAUAAGUUUACAUUAAUCGAACAACUAUCCAAUGAACUUUUUCUCGAAAUAUUUGAUUAUCUCAACGGUGUAGACAUUGUCUAUGCAUUUUCACAAUUAAACAAUCGUUUUCAACAUUUACUUAUCAAAUAUGUUAAUACAUUUGAUUUCAAGUCUAUAAAUAAAGUUAAAUUUGAUUAUGUUACUCAACAUCAUGAUAUUUGUCAAUGGCGAUCAUUACGUCUUUCUGAAGAUAAUCAAACACCAGGACAAAUAAAACUCUUUUGUCAAUUGUUCCCACCUGCUCAAUAUAUUUCUCAAUUACAAUCACUUUCUAUUUUAAAUAUGAAACCUAAAUGUGCAAAGGAAAUUCUAUCACAACUUGUAUCAUUUGAUUAUCUUAUUUCAUUAACAGUUACAACAAUAUGUGGAGAAAAUAUUCAACCAAUGACAUUACCAUCAUUAAAACGACUUGUAUUUACUGGAUGUAAACAUAACAAUUGGAUAAAAAACUUUCAUUCUUUGAGAACACUUGAAUAUACUAUAAAUUAUACUUGUCAUCAUGAUUGUGUUUUAACAUUACCAAAAAGAUUAAAACACUUGAAAUUACUUUAUAAUGAAGCAAAAGAUGGAAAUGCUCUACAAACUUCACUUAGUAAAAUGUCAAAAUUAACUAAACUUGCUUUGUAUGAUAAUGGAAAUUAUAGUAUAUUGCCAGAUGGUAAAACGUGGGAAGAAUUUAUAAAAUCAUCAUUACCAUUACUCAAAACUUUCCAAUUUUGUUCUUAUUUUCUUAAUCGUAAUGCAUUGAAUGACAUCAAUCAUACCAUGGCUUCGUUUUCUACUCCAUUCUAUUUAGUGGAAAAACGUUGGUUCACCCAAUGUGAUUCAAAUAAUGGAACUUCUGCACUGGGUGCUUUUUACACUUUGCCUUUUGCAUUUCGUGGAAUGCGAGUUGAUAUGAAUUCAUGUAACAUGAGUACAUCGACUUUACCUGCGACUAAUAUUGAUCAAAAACAGUAUGAGUCAUCUACAAGAGUUAAAACACAACAAUUCGAUGAAAAAUGUGAAAUAUCCUGUCGGAAUUUUCCAACAUCCAACAUCGUUCGAUUGGUUCUCAAUAAUGAUUUUCCUACAAAUUGGUAUUUUCUGUUAAAGAAUUUACGUCAUCUGGAAUUUCGAAGGAAUUUAUCUAUGUCGGCAACUGAUUUUGCAAAUGUUCUUACAAAUGCACCUCAACUUGAAUCGUUAACAAUACUGAUUUCAAAUUUAAUAAAGCUAACAGAUUCAUUUACCAAUAAGACUGUUUGUAAUCAAUUAUCUAAAAGAAUUAAAUCAUUAACUAUAUCUGAUUCCUUAUCAAAUCAUGGUUAUGAUCAAAAUAUGGACGACUCACAUAUUCUUACGAGUGUUGUUCAUAUAUUUGGUAACAAAUGCGAACACUUAUCAUUAAAUUUAACAACAUCCCCUAAAGAGGUUUUACAUAUUUUACGAAAUAUGCAACAAUUAUGCAGUUUACACAUACAUUAUCCUCCGUUGCUUUGUAAAUCGCAUAUAAAAACAACAUCUUGGUUUCAAGAAUCGACAGUAGAAGUUGGUGCUUCCGAUUUUGUCUAUAUUCCAGAUGAUUUUAAUUUUCACGUGUGGUUUGGAAAACGAUCAUAG